CGUUAACGUACUUUUAUCGAUCACUAAACCCUCAUCUUCUUGAUCCUUCAAGAACACGAUUUUUACAGCAAUUGAUGAUUAAUGAGUUGAAUUCACAAGUAGAUAAUCAGCAAUGUGGACGAACAAAGACUCAGCGAAUUCAACUCCAAGAGGAUUUCCGUUCUCCACACCUCAGCCGGAGAAGAAGCGAUGCUAUUCUUCAAACAUGUAUUCUUCUCCGCCAUUCCCGAUUCGGCAACCACCGUUGCCGGCGUCGGAGAAGAAAUGGACACCACCGCAAUCCGGUAACAGCAAUAGUCUCUUCCAUGUCAUCCACAAAGUUCCCGCCGGUGAUUCCCCAUACGUCAGAGCCAAACAUGUUCAGUUAGUAGACAACAAUCCAAGCAAAGCUGUACCAAUGUUUUGGGCUGCUAUUAAUUUGGGUGAUCGAGUUGAUAGUGCAUUAAAAGACAUGGCUGUAGUGAUGAAACAGUUGAACAGAUCAGAUGAAGCAAUCGAAGCCAUCAAAUCUUUUCGUCAUUUAUGUGCACUAGAUGCACAAGAGUCUCUCGACAACAUUCUUCUUGAAUUAUACAAGAGAUCAGGACGCAUUGAUGAACAGAUAGGAUUGCUUCAAUCAAAACUUAAGCAUAUUGAAGAAGCUACUUGCAUGAAUGGGAAUCGAACUAAGCUUGCUAGAUCACAAGGGAAGAAGAUUCAAAUCACAAUGGGACAAGAAUAUUCAAGGUUAUUAGGGAACUUGGCGUGGGCUCACUUGCAGCAAGACAAGUAUAAAUUAGCAGAAGAGAUAUAUCGGUAUGAAAGAAGCAAAAAUCGAUAUCCAAUUAUUCAAAAAACAUCUAAUUUUGUUGAAAAGUUGAGAUUUGGAUUUGAAUGUUGCAGAAAAGCGCUUUCGUUGGAACCUGAUAAGAACAAGAGGUGCAAUCUAGCGAUCUGUUUGAUGUACAUGGAGAAGAUGACGGAAGCGAAGUUUCUUCUGAGUACAGUGAAGGAUUCAAAUCGGAAUCGGGACUUUGAAGAAGAUUCAUACGCGAAAUCAUACGAGCGAGCGAUUCAAGUAAUGGAAGAAUUGGAAAUGGAAAAACGACGAAACUCCGAUAAUCAAUCAUCGUUCUCUUCGUUUCUCAGUAGACACAAAGAAUCCGAUUCCAACGAGAAAGCGACGACAAAAGGAAAACGUAGCAAUUCCGUUUCCGAUCCCGGAUUCCGUCGCGCAUAUGCAUCUCCGUCGCCGAUCUGCGGCACGCCUAGGGUUCCGUUUACCCAGCCGAGAAGACGAGAUUGGGAGAGAUCGGAUUCCAGUGGUUGUUUUAGGAAAUUACAUUUUGAAACCUCCGGAGAAGUUGAAAGGGAGCCAUCGAAGGUAGGUGAUGAAAUGACGGAAAUACCCUCGAAGGUUGUUGUGGAGAAGAAGAGUUGGGCGGAUAUGGUGGAAGAAGACGAACAGAAUCAGAAUCUGCUUGACGAGAAUACGGAUUAUGGUGAUGAUGAUGAUGAAAACAUCAACGAAGAAGAAGGUGAAGAUUAUGGUGAUGAGAAUACGGAUUGUAAUGUAAUGAAUCGGAAGAUUGAAUCGUUGGGUUUACAGGAUGGAUAUCAAACGCAACCGGGGACUGCUAAAAGUAAAAAGGUUGACCGGUGUUUGACUUUUGGGAGCAUGAGUCAAAAUCGAAGUGAAGAAGAAAAUUACUGGUGUUCUUCGUCUGAAAGGAAGGAAAGCUUGGGGUAUGAGAGCUUGAACGGUGGCAAUGGAGGUUUUCCGGCGAGAAAUGGUUUUAAAGAUAUAGUUUUGACUUCGGAAAGGCCGAGAACUUUAGAAUGAUUCUGGUGAUAUGUAGGUUUUCCCACGUGUUAAUAUCUUUUUUUGUUUUUGGGAUUUUUGUAUGCGAGUUUAACACGUUUUUUGUAAAAUAGUGAUAUGCAUGUGUAUACAGUACACGAUAUAGAAAAUUUUGGUUUCAUCGAGUUUUAUUUUUU